GUCACUCCAUAACCUCGACUGACUUCAGUCUUGGAGCAAUCCUCCCUCGGGCUCCGAACACUGGGUUCCACGCAUCAUCCGAGCCACCAGCUUGGGUCCCAUCUCUUCUAUCUGGGCAAGGAGCCUGACAAAAAGGAGCAUCACACAAUGCUUAAACAGAAAAUUAGCCCUAUUGGAGAAGGAGAAGCCAUGGGCCCAUCACCAAAGAAAAGGAACACUGUGGACAUGGCGCCAAAUCAACCCCUUGAAGCUUCCGCUAGUGCGAAGGGAGAAGGAGCUCCUGUCAACCAGGAAGCCCAAGAGGGGGUGAUGGAGGGUCAUUCCAAGUCCCCUGAAGUCUACCCGCAAGAAUGUGAUGAAGCGCAGCGUAAGCCUGCGGCGGGAGAUGCCACUCUCCCUGGUCCGCAAGAUUCUCUGCCUGAUGACACGCUUCAUCACGAAGAUGAUGAUAACGUCGCAGGUGCAGGGGCAAGUGCCGACCAAGACAAUUCUGAAAGCGCUGAAGAUGACACAGAAAUAACUUCUGUGGAAAUUUCCCACUUCAUUGUGAACCCAGUGGAUCCAGAAGUAAUUAAUUAUGGAAUAAAACAUGCCCUGAUGUCGGAAAUCCGACGCUAUGGACGACAAUAUGGAAGGAUUUUCAAGCUGCUGGAUGAAGUGCGGGGACCCCUGGAGAUCCGUUUGCAUUUUGUUAAGUUCGCCAUCAAGGAAGCAGCAAGGUUUAAAAGACACCACCUAAUAUAUUAUCUCGAGAAGUUACUGGAAAAAAUGAUGUCAGACAGCACCAUCAGGAACAUCGAUCUAAACUCAAGCACCUGAUCCUGUUUUUACAAUGAUCAGCAAUAUGCGGCACUAUUUGCCCUGAAUGUAGCAAGGGGAUGCUGAAGCCUCCUUGCAUGUGCUAUCUAAGAGAAUUAAAGAAAGUUGUU